AUGCCGGCCACGAGUGAUCUCCAAUCAGAAGAAGAAAUGUUAGACGGACUUCAACUUCGUGGACGAUCUUUCGAAGUUUCUACUGAUCACUCAAGAUCACCUAGCACAGAUGAUGGUUCGUUUUACCACCCAGACAACAAUAAUGUGUCCGAAGACGAUGACGAAAAUAUUAAAAGCGAUUCGGAGAGUUCAGACGAGAAAUCGCGAAGGCAUGUGGCGGGCAAGCGAAAACGACGGGCGAGCAUAGACGAGGAUGACGGCGAAGAACCGAUUGCGACGAAAACCAGAAAAUGUCGCAGGAGCAUCCGGCAAAGGCAAUCGGUGGAGGUGUUGACGGCCAAAGACCGAAACUUGCGAAGGUUGGAGAGCAACGAACGCGAACGAUUACGCAUGCACUCAUUGAACGAUGCAUUCGAGAAAUUGCGUGAAGUGGUGCCCCACGUAAAAAUGGGACGUAAACUAUCAAAGUUGGAAACAUUGACAUUGGCAAAAAACUACAUAAUGGCCUUGACUAACGUCAUAUGUGAAAUGAGAGGCGAGCAAAAACCAUUUACUUUUGACGAUCCCGAUCAAGCCGAAAAUGACUAUGCAUCGAGCAACGAUGGUGGAUUCGAAUCGGGUAAUAGUACAAAAAAUCCCUCAAAUUUGGAACAAGAGUUACUAUCAUCGGACUAG